AACCCGCGGCCCGGAAGUUGGGCAGUCAAGGCAGUGCGGCUCCCGCAGCGGCUUAGUCCGCGGACUGCUCGUGUCCUGCUGAGAUGGCGAGCGCAGUUGCACCAGUAGCCGCAGCCUCCACCCUGCCUCCGCCUUUGGAGCAGCUCCGGCACCUAGCAGGGGAGCUGCGGUUCCUCCUUCCUGGAGUGCGGGUCGGCGAAGCCCGGGAGACCACCAAGGAGUUUGAUCGGGAAACCUUUUGGAGGAGACUCCGUGAGGCAGCUAUAGCAGUGUCAAGGGCAGCCACGACUCUGACCGAAGUCUUCUCUCGACUUCCACUGCCGUCACCACAGGAAACCCAGAAGUUCUCUGAAGAAGUCCAUGCUGCCAUCAAGGCAAUUAUUGCAGUAUACUAUUCGCUUCCCAAGGAUCAGGGAAUCACCCUGCGAAAGCUGGUACGGAGUGCCACUCUGGACAUCGUGGAUGGCAUGGCUCAGCUUGUGGAAGUGCUUUACGUCACUCCAACUCAGAGCCCUGAGAACCUUAUUUCCUACAACAGCGUCUGGGAGGCGUGCCAGCAGGUGCCUCGGAUCCCAAAAGAUAACAAAGCUGCAGCCCUUUCAGUGCUGACAAAGAGUGUGGAUCUUGUGAAGGACGCCCAUGAGGAAAUGGAGCAGGCUGUGGAAGAAUGUGACCCUUACUAUGGCCUCUUGAGUGACAUUGAGGAGGACAACUCUGACAACCACGGUGAUGAGGAGGAUAUAUUGGGAUAUCCAAGCAAUCGGGACUCAUAUUGGUCAGAGGAAGAUCAGGAGCUCAUAAUCCCAUGCCUUGCACUGGUGAGAGCAUCCAAAGCCUGCCUGAAGAAAAUCCGGCUCUCAGUGGCAGAGAAUGGGAAGAAGGAUCAGGUGGCCCAGCUGGAUGACAUUGUGGACAUUUCUGAUGAGAUCAGCCCUAGUGUGGAUGAUUUGGCUCUGAGCAUAUACCCACCCGUGUGCCAUCUGAGUGUGCGAAUCAAUUGUGCAAAACUUGUAUCCGUUUUAAAGAAGGCACUUGAAAUUACAAAAGCGAGUCAUGUGACCCCACAGCCAGAAGAUAGUUGGAUCCCUUUACUUAUUAAUGCUGUUGAUCAUUGCAUGAACAGAAUCAAGGAGCUCACUCAGCAUGAAGUUGAAUUAUGAAUUUUCAGGCUCAUUUGUACUCUCCUCUCUCCCUUUCUUACUGUCGCAGCCAAGCUCUGAUGUCUGCUUUUAGAAUGGGGCUAGGAUACUUUCUGGACUGAAAGGGAGGUCCUAUCUAUACCUAUCAAGAGACAUUAUUACCAAAGUUUGUUGAUUAGGCCAAACUGGCAAUUAUUUAUAAACCAUAUGAAUAUGAUAUGUUUUUCUGUGCCAGAUAUAAAAGAUAACUGUAUGAGUUUUUAUUCUUGAGUUGCCUCUCAGAGAUUCCUGGGGAAGCUGCCUUAUUCCCUAUUUGCAAUAACAUGUGUCGUUUCAUUGUGAAAGAUGUUGAUAGUCUCAAUAAAAUGCUAACCUGCUAGUGGUUAAA